UUGAGCUGUCACUGUGCACAAAAAAACAUUUUGCAUCACAAUCCUUUUUAUUCAUCGUCAUUUGAAGCAAUUCGCUUGAUUAUUUAAAUAAAUUACGUGCAAAAUGCCGCCCUUUUCCGCCUGUUCGAUGUGCAACCGUAGAACCAGGAAGAUGGUAAAGGAUCCUGACACCUUAAAGCUAAUCUACGUGUGUCCAGAUUGCUAUGUGAACAGGUUUCCGUACAAAUAUCUGCUAAGAGCAGCCCAAAAGAUGGUUAAGAAACAGGAAACCGGGAGGAAGGAAGAGGAAAUGCGUCCUGCCAAUAGCUGCAAUCCACCGAUUCCGAAAGUCACACCUCCACUCAUGCAAACUGUGAUCAUCAAAGAUCGGAAGUAUGUGGCCAUCAGUGAGACGGCCGACGACGAGUGAUUUGUUCUUGGCCUGAUAUUUCAUUUUUAUGAGGGAGCGAGUCGUAUCUAAUUGAACUAGUUUCGCCGUCAGCUCAUUUCCAUUAAACCCAAGCCGACAAUAAAAGACCCAACGACUUUGCUAGACUCUUUAAAA